AUGGCACAGUACAGGAUGGAUUGGCAAGGGCAAAAGCUGGCGGAGCAACUGAUGCAGAUAAUGCUGCUUGCAUUUGCUGUGAUUGCAUUUGUAAGUGGAUAUGUUAUGGCUUCUUUCAAAAUGAUGGUCCUCAUAUACGCCGUGGGAGUGGUUCUGACCACGUUGCUCACUGUCCCAAAUUGGCCCUUUUACAAUCGCCAUGCACUUAUUUGGUUGGAUCCAAGUGAGGCGGAAAAGCAUCCCAAGCCACAACCAUCUGCCAAUGUAACUCAAAAGAAGAAACCUGUUAAGAAGUAG